CCUUAUUUUGUGUUAUCGUUGCUGGCUUUACCUAGUAUCUAUAAGCAGCAUCGAUAUAACGUAUUUCAGACCUGAAAAACGGGGUCAGUGCAAACUACUCCAGGUCUUUUAUAGCUAUACUUUCACUAGUAUAACUAGACGAGUUGGUGUGAUUUUAGCGGUGGAUGUGUAAGACGCCUGCUUGAGCUGUAGAAUGCGGUACGCUGAGGGCUGUGACAGUCCACAGGACAAUCAACACAGUCUGCAGUCCAAUCGAAUAUUCAUUGCCGCCUAAAUGCAGCAGAUUAACUAAAGGUUUAGUAUUUCCGGUUGUGCACAAGAUGAAAGCUAAAGAAAAGAACUUGCUAAAGAAAAGAAAGUUAUCCAGAAAAAAGAAAACCAAAGAACUGCCAAAUUGUGAAAAAGAGCCAUUGCCAGCAAAUGAUGGCAUUAGUUCUGACACAAAUGAAACCAAAACAUCUAAUGCUACUCAGGACUGUGCUGUGGACACCUGUCCUGAGGUCACACGGAUCAAACCAGAAGGAGGAGAGCUGGAAGCAUUGGGAGUCCUAACGGUGUCCUCUGAAAAACACCAACAACAGAAGCAGCAGAAAGUCAAUCUGCAGCCUCAUCCUCCUGCUUUCAGAGCAUUCGUUCCAAAGACAGAACCAGACUGUGUCCCUUUAAACCCACCUAGUUUUCAGGGUAAAACUGAGCCUGGCAUUUUUGAAGUGCUGCAGAGAGAGUCUACUUUGAUUGUGAAGGAGGAGAAUGACAGCUGGAAGGAAGUGAAGCUUGAGACGCUAGAUGAAAAUUCUGUGAGUGAUUCUGGCCUGGAGAAAAACACGGCUUCCUCCUCCCUGAUUUUUCCGUGUCCUCAUUGCUCUGUGACUUUCACUGACUUUACAUACUUGGACAAACACCUCAAAUGGUGCCAUCGAAGUGAAUAUCUAGCAUGGGUGAAAAACCACAAAGUCUACAACUGCUCCAAAAUAUCCUCCAGGAUGCUCAGCUGCUCAUCGUGCCACUAUCGGUUCUUCUCUCAGAGGCAGCUGGAGACCCAUGUGCGCAAAGCCCACCUCCCUACACCCAAACCUAUCCGAAAACGCUACACCUGCCCACAGUGUGAUCGCAGCUUCGAUUACAUCGGCAACCUGAAAAACCACUGCCGCAGAUGCCAUGGCUUGGCCACCGAGUGUAAAGAUGGACAAAUUAGCUGUGCUAAAUGCGGUCAAAGCUUUGCUGGAGUCUGGGGUCUCGGACCACAUCGCUGCCAUGAGGAGGAGAAGAAACCCAAGGUGGGUGUCGAGGAACCCAUUUGCACGGACCGUGGCUAUUUGUGCCGAGACUGUGGCAAGAACUGCUCUACACUUCAAGGCCUGACGAUACACAAACGCAUUCAUACUGGCGAGAAGCCGUGCGUCUGCGAAGACUGCGGCCGUGGAUUUCAUGAUAUGGGGAGUCUGCGGAAUCACAAAGUCAUACAUACAGGAAUCCGGCCAUACAAGUGUCCCGAAUGUAGUAAAGCGUUCGCAAGGAUGGCCCACCUCAGAUGUCAUCUGCGAACCCACACGGGUGAAAGGCCGUACCCUUGUCCCCAGUGCGGGAUGAGAUUCAGCCACCGAUCGACGCUUCGCAUCCACCAACAAAUUCACUCCAAGGAAAAAACAUUUUCAUGCCCAGACUGUGGCAAAAUGUUCUCCGCUCUGAGGUAUGUGAAGGUUCACCAAAGAGCGCACAACUCGGAGCGAAUGCUGCAGUGUAGAGAAUGUACGAAGACGUUUUCACGGGAGGACGUGCUCAAGAAACACCUACGCAUUCACUCGGGCGAGCGGCCGUACCAGUGCAACGUCUGCACCAAACGUUUCGUCCGCAUCUCGCACCUGAAAAUCCACAUGCGAACCCACACCGGCGAGAAACCGUACUGCUGCGAGCAGUGCGGCUCCAGCUACGCUCAAUCUGGCGAUUUGACCAAACACAUGAGGAGGCACACGGGGGAAAAACCCUUCGCCUGUUCUGACUGCGACCGCCGCUUCAACAACUCUGGCGACCUGAGCAAGCACAGGCGCAGUCACACGGGCCACAGGCCCUACAAGUGUACGGAGUGCGGGAAGAGUUUUCUCAUGCCCCAGCACCUGAAGUUACACAAACUAACACACACGGGCGAGAGGCCGUACAGCUGCCCACGGUGUCUCCGCACCUUCACUCGCUCGCACCAUCUUUCUCAACACAUGGAAAAGCACAUAUAAGGAUGGAUAGCUGCACUACUUCUGUAUAAUCUCAGUUUCAUUGAGGAAAAUGAAUUGGGAGCUCAUCGAUGAAUUGGUUAUCAGUUUACUUCUUAAAAGUUACUGAAUCCAGAUGCAAUCCAGUCUUCCUUUCUGGACUGCCCUUAAAGUUUUAACAAUAUAGCUAUUUUGCAUGCUCUACUCCAUUGGAAAUAUUGAUCGAAUAGAAUUAAUGCCUUACAAUUAUUUUUGUUAAUAUGGGUAGUAAAUCUGACAAAUGAACUGUGCUUUAAAGUGUCUAUUUAAGGUACAGGCGUCAUUAGCAUAAAGUAAUAAUUUAAAGACACUGUUAGUUCACAAGAAUAAAUGAAGAUGUGAGUUUUACUUCUGCUGUGGCUUAAUAUUCUAUGAUUAUUAUUAUUUUAAUAUUAAUCUGUGAGCUGUAUGAUGGAAGCAUUCAAGGGCUGCAUCAUCUAUAAUUUGAGGUCUUUCUCUUUGCUGUACAAAAGGCAUCUGCAAAUAUGAAUAAAAGAUGGAUGUGAGG